GUUUAUUAUAAUAUUUUUGUAAAAAAUAUUAAAAUUUACAGAAAUAAACUGGUUUAAAAGCAAUAUAAAAAAAGGAACUCGUUACUCAUACCAACAGCUGCCGGCAAAGGGCAGACAACAGUAAAGACAAUUAUGGAGGAGGAAUUAAUCUUAAAGCAACCUAGUGAUAGACGUUUGGGAGACAACAAUAGUUUACCGCCGGGACCCCCGGGUGCAGAAUAUGAUGCUGUGGAGUUUGAUACAAAAAAUGCUCCACCCAAACCGCCUGCAUUGGAAAAAGAAAACUCUGCCUCGGAACGUUCCUCACGCAGACGUUCUCCUUCGGGCAGUCCGCCACCACGUAAACGUAAGUCACCCUCACGUGGCCGACGUUCUCCUUCACCACCCGCCCGGAAUCGUGGCGGCAGACGUUCACCCUCGCCUAGGCGCAAUCGUUAUCGUGACUAUUCGCCCGAUCGUCGUCCCCGUUAUGGGGGACGGCGCUCACCCGAUCGCCGCCGUUCACCACCCAGACGAGGUGGUGGUCGUGAUCGUUAUCGAGGCCGUGUUCGUAGCUCUAGUCGUUCUAUAAGUCGUAGUCCAACACCACCUAGACGUGGCGGCGGUGGUGGCAGUGGUCGUUGGUCUCCCAAAAAGAAACCAAAUACACCGCCCCAACAGCAACCACCAAAUAUGCCGCGUCAAUUAUCGCAACCACCACCCACGGCUAAUCAACCGCCGCCUCAGUACGGUGUUAUGGCGCCGCCGCCACCUCAGUUGUAUGGUGAGGCCUAUGGACCACCGCCCGGUUACAAUCAGUAUGGUGUACCACCACCUCAAACGGGUUUUGUGCAGCCCAAUGAUGCCUAUGCGGCCAUGCAAGCCCAAGGUGCGGGUUUUAAUACGGCAUAUCCGCCGCCGGGAGCCUGGGGCGUUGAUGCUUACAGUCAACAACAGUGGAUGCCACCACCCACACAAAUGCAACAAAUGGCACCGCCACCCCAACAACAGCAACCGCCACCCAUGGUUGUACAAGCAACUCCUCAACAACAGGUCCCCUCAAAUGUGCCACCCCCCAAAGUAGCCUCACAAGCCACAGGCAGCAUUUUAUCUGACGAAGCACCCGGCACACUGGAGCAUAAUCCCCAACAUGAUGCUGUGGCCCAAGAAGCUGAAAAUCAACGCGAUGAAUUGAAAAAGCAACGCACCAGCUAUUUGAAGAAGACCACUGUCUUGAAAAAGGAAUUGAAAAUGUUGAAAGAACAACGCAAAGAUCUGCAUACGGGCGGUGCUCCAGCUUCACCCACCACCAAAGGAUUUAUCGAUGAAAAUGAAAAGCUACAGAAUCAAAUCCAAAAGAAAUUGAGUACCAUUGAAAAUGUCAUUGACAUGCUGACCGGUAUUAUAGGCGAAGAAAAUCUCGACAAGGAUGAUGAACAACUGGAUGAUGAUGAUAUGCUGAAAGAAGCUGCCUUAUCUUCCAUACAAAAACAACAUGGCAGUGAUCGUGGUGGUAGCUCUACUCAAACAACUAAUACUUCAGCAGCAGCUGUUCACAAGAAAAAAUCACGUAGUUCUUCUUCGUCUUCGGACAGUUCAUCGGGUAGUUCUUCGUCAUCUUCUUCGGAGUCUUCGUCUUCAUCUGAAACAGAACAGCCACCCAAUAAAGAGGAUGAGGAUGAUGAUAGUUCACCGGAGCGUUUGAAGAAAAAGGUUAUCGAGUCCAUGAAGAAUAAGGAUAAAGAUGUGGCACGCAGUAAACAAGAUGUUAAGGGACCCAACAAAAAAGAACGUUUCAAUUAUGUUUUCUAUGAUCCCGAAAUGCACUGGUGUCAGACUUGUAAUGUUUUCCCAAAAACCGCAAAAGAUUAUCUCAAUCAUUUGCAUUCGAAAACUCAUAUGGAUCGUGAAAGUAUUGAAACCCCCUGGCAUACCGAUAUGGUGACAGAUCAAUUCCCCACUUAUGAGAAUGCCCCAACCAAGCGCACACCCAUUAGAGGUUUAACAUUUUUUGUACCAGCCACUUCAUGGUUCUGUAAAUUGUGUAACAUCUGGAUGGGAGAUUUGCACUGUGCUUCGACCCAUUUGAAAUCACAGCUACAUGCCAAUCGUUAUAAUUCCUUCUUAGAGGAGAAUCCACACUAUGAGGUAAAUUGGUUGGCUGAUCGACAAAUUGUCUUAAACGAACAGAAAUCCACACCUUUGCCCCAGCAAAUCACCUCCGUGUCCACAACUGCGGCUGAACGCAAGAAAACCAAAAAGGACGAUGAAAAACUCAAUAAGAAACGCAAGAAGAAGAGCGAUAAGAAGCCAAAAAAGAAGAAAAAGAAGUCCAACAAGAAACGCAAGAAGGGCAGUGACACCAGCACUUCUUCCAGCAGUGACUCCUCCUCGUCUACAGACAGUGAUGAGCCUAAAAAGAAAAAAGCGGUGCCGGUGCCAGUCAUUGAUCUUGAUAAUCCCAAUCCAGCAGUAUCCAUACGCCUAUCAAUGCGCAAACAGGAAAACAUUAAAACCGAUGAUGAGCUGCCACCACCACCGCCCCAGAUAAAACUAAAACAAGCAACACCCACACGACAACUGCAAGCGCAACAGCAACCACCGGCUAGUGGUAAAUGGACAGUGGUACAAGAGGGAUUACGCAACAAAGAUGGUGGUGAAAAGCCCCAAGAUGCCGAUGAUUCAAUUAUACAGCAGUGGAAUACUGUGCAACCGGUUAUAAGUGAAAGUGAAAAGAAAUUAUUGGAGCAAUUAAAGGGUAAAUUGAAAAGCAAAUCGAAAGAUGAACAACAGACAAGAAGUUCAACACAACAGAGAGUGGAAAGUGAAAGUCGUGACAGAGAUCGCGAACGUGAUAAGGCAGUGGAACGUGGCGGCGGUGAGGCAAGAACUGAGCGCUCAGAUAGACGUGACAGAGAUGCGGGCAACAGGAGCAAAGUAGAUGAUAGACGUCCUAUGAGACGCUCUCGCAGCCGCAGUGCUACACGCAGUCGUAGCCGAGGUCGUGAUUAUCGCCGUAAUGUAAGACGCUCUCGUUCACGUAGCCGUGGACGCAUGUCACCCCGCAGCUGGCGGAAUCGCAACAGACGUAAUGAUCGCUCGCGUUCUCGUUCAAUGCGCCGACGCUCACGUUCUCCCUAUGAUCGCCGUCGACGCCCCUCCCGAUCACGUUCUGCCAGUCGUGGUGGCACCAGCAGCCGUGUUGAGAAACCGGUAGUUAGACCAGCCGAAUUUAGACCGCGAGUACCGGAAAAAGACAAAGAAAAAGAAAAGAAAUCUAACGAAAACAAAGACAAAAAAGAUAAAUCGAAAACCAAAACCACAAGCUCUACUACGGCAGCCAUAGCCAGCGCCACAGGUAAAAAACUACCUUUUAUAGGCAAAAUGCCGGUGUUUAAAAAACAAAACAGCGAAGCACCCCUAGCUAUAAAUGAUAAGGCACCGCUUGAACUGCAAACCCAGCAGCAGCAGCCUCAACAAGCCGGUACCUUUAUCUACACUAUGGAUGCCAGCAGCAGCUUUACACGACCACCAGCACCCACAGCCGCCCAAAUACAAAUGGCCAUGAUGGAGGAUGCUUAUGGUAAUGCGCCACCCUUUCAUCCCGACGCCGGCAUGAUGUUAGACUAUGAUGAUCUAAUGCCAGAUCCCGUACAAUUUGUUAAUAUAAUGGGCCAGGCACCGCCGCCGCCACCACCCCAAGAUGCCGAAGACGAUAAAGAUAUGCUGCCGCCCGGCAUUGAUGUCGAAGAAUCGGAAGAGUUUGUACCCAAACCCAUAACCGAAGCACCGCCACCAGGCAAGGGACCUUUGCCUAAGGAUUUGGAAGAUGCUUUGAAUAUUAUAUUCCCGGGCGAUAAGAUACCCGGAGAGGAUAGUGACACUGAGGAAGGAGGAGAGUUUAGAAAAAAUAAAGCUAAAGGUGAAACUCAAAUAAUCAAUGACGAGGCUGUCAUGCAGCCUGAAGAAUUAGCCAAAGAUGGCAUACAUUUGGUAACGUUUGAAGAGACGUCCCAAUUGGGCUUAGACGAGGCAUCACAAAUGUCAAUGAAUGAGCCGUUAGUAUUCAAUAGGCCACCCUCUAAUCCUCCAACCACGGCCAUUAUUAGCUCCACCGACAUGGAGCUAGAAGAUGAUAAUUCAGCAAAUAAUCUAGAAUUAAAUGAUAAAAUAGUGCCGCCUCCACCACCCAGCAAUGAAAUGGAGCCUAAAGAAACAGAAAUUACCGUAACUAGUCCACAAACAACCGCCACAGCUAAAGAGCCCGAAAUAGAAACAUUAGAUUCCAGCAACUUGCCCGAUAUACCCAUACCGCCGCCUCAAAUUAGCAAUGGCACAGAAAUUGAGGAAAUUUCACAACCGCCACCACAACAACCCGAAGAAACCGAAUCUAAACUUGGCACAGAACUUAUGCUCCCUAAUACAGACAUUGAUCUAGCCGAUAUUCCUCAGCCACCACCAUCGCCCACAGAGAGCGAAAAGAAUCGCCGGCAGGAAGAGUUAGAUGACUUGGCUAUGCUGGGCAUUGAUGCUGACGAUAUGGCUGCACAAUGUAUGUGAGUUUAAAUGAGAAUUUCUUUUCAAAUUUAAAUAAUAUUGUUAACAAAAUAUGUUUUCUUUUAUAAUUCUUAAUCUUUAUUACUAUUAUUACAUAUUUUUUUAUUUUAUUUUUUUUCGAAAAACAAAAGAGAAUAAUGAAUUUAAUUACUUACAAACAAACAAAAACAUUAUAAUAAUAAUAACUUGCAAACAUUCUAAGUAUUUAAAACACUAUUGCUUUCAAAACAUCAUUUAAGUUUUAAAACAAUUGGAUUAUAUUUUUAAUCUUAAAUAGUUCUACUAACACUUUUAAUUGAAAUACAUAUAACAAAACAACUUUAUUUAAAUGUAAAACAUAUUGAAUUCGCCGCAAUUCAAAGAAGGAAUGAUAUUUCUUCGUAAAAUUAAAAGAAAGAAUAAAAUAAAUUAUGGACUUUUUUUUCUUAGUGGAAAUUACAAAAAAAAAUAA